AUGAAACUUUCGAAAAUGUGUAUAAUAUUCUCUUACAUUAAGCACAGCUCCCGGUGUAGUGAAGUUUCUAUAAGGCGGUUUCCGGUCCUUAAUGUACUGGAAGAUUUUGGUGCCAUGGCGGAGGAAGACCACUUUGUCAAGGAGAUGGGGUGGCACGUCGUGCAUGCAGCGGAGCCGCACCGAGCCACCGCGCGCCGCCCACCUUUCCAUUUGUAA